AUGAGUAUAUUAAUAAUUAAUAUUGUAAGACAGAACUACAAAAUGAAGGAAGAAGUCAGAUAUUUCUUUCUUUGCCAUCAUCUUAUCAGUUCUUCUUUAUUCUGUGCUUUUGGCAUUAUAAGCAAUGCAGUACAAACAUUUCAAGUGAAAAUAUUCUGGGUCUGGAUCAUCUUCAGAAUACAAGCAGCAACUGGAGAAUCAGUCCUCAUAACUUUAGCUUUGAUGGCCCUCAAUACGUCCCUUGCAGUCUGUUGGCCUUUGAGAUACUUGGCAUUUGCGCACUCAGUGAAACACAAAGUGGCAGCUUCUAUUUGGAUUGGGACUAUACUCAAAUCUGCAUUCUUGAUCAUUAUUGAAGGUACAGAUCAGAAUCCAGAGGAAAUUUUUGAAGAGGAGCCCUCUUGUCCUACUAUGCUAGGUGGCAGUUUUGCAAAAAUAUCUGCUCUUCUUCUCAUUUCACUUCUUGCGGCUGCCAUAAUGACUGGCUACAUCUUCCUGUGCAGAGAAGGAAAGCUUGCUGGACAUUUUAAUUCUUCAAAUAAGAAAGCCAGAAAAACAAUCAUGAUUCACGGUUUUCAGAUGAGUUUUCAUAUUCUUCCACCUUUGAUUAUUGCAGCCAUUGGAAAAGGAACAGAGCAUACAGAGAUAAAAUUUGGAGCCUUUGUUGUUUUCUUAUUUGCACAAAGCUUUAGUCCUGUGGUUUAUGGACUUCGUAAUAAGGAACUGCAGGACAAGCUAUGCAUCAGACAAGAAGGAAGUCGAGACAGUAACGACUUGGUAAACAAUAAUAGCCGCCCACUGCAGCUUCAAAUGACUGAAAGAUCAGUCAGUGGAAAAACAACUUCUCCAUGUACUGUAUAA